AUUGCCUUAUGAUUGUAUUUUGGACUCAUCAAAACAGUGUAUUCGUCCUUUGUUUGCCACCUUUUAAACGCCUCCUCUCUUUAUCUUCAUCAUCAUCACGUCUUCCCUUAAUUCCCCUUUCUCUUUCAACCUACUUAGCUAUCAUCAUGUCUGAAGAAGGCCGCCAUGAAAGCUUCUUGUUGUGGGAAAAAAACCACCAGUCACGGCCUUUAUCCAUUUCAGACAACAACAAUAAUUCACCUGGUCUUGGCAGUGAAGAUAAAUCUGCAACCCAUAACAAUAACCAACAACAAGAAGAUAAUUCACAAGCAGAGACCAAGAAGAAGAAGAAAGGGAGUGAAUCAGAUGAUGAACAUGACAUGCAUAUAUGGACAGAAAGAGAACGUAGGAAGAAGAUGAGGAACAUGUUCUCUAAUCUUCAUGCUUUGCUCCCUCACCUUCCUCCCAAGGCCGACAAAUCUACCAUAGUUGAUGAAGCAGUAAACUAUAUUAAAACCCUACAACAAACCCUCCAAAAUCUAGAAAAAAAAAAGCUAGAGAGAUCAAUCCAAGGAGCCAUUAAUGUUGGUUACCACCCCUCAUUAGCGAUGAACACUCAAAACCAAACUUUGGAAUAUUCAAGCAGGGAGGCAUUCUUGGCUGAUCAAGUAUCUUCUUCGUCAACUGACUUAGCCAAUAACAACAAUGCAACCAAAAUUUCAAGUUCCUUUUCAAUGUCGACCCAAUCCAGACCUGUAACAUUUGAGACAUGGACAUCUUCCAACCUUGUGUUGAAUGUGUGCGGUAAUGAAGCACAAAAAACCGUGUGUUCACCCAAAAAACCAGGCCUUUUGGCCACUAUUUACUAUAUCUUGAAGAAGCAUAAAAUGGAGGUGGUGUCUGCUCAGGUUUCUUCGUUUUGUAAGCACAGCAUGUUCAUGAUUCAAGCCUGUGCAAAUGAAGCUUCUAAACAGUCGGUAGAGACAUUCCAAGUCGAAGACAUGUUUAAACAAGCUGUUGGUGAGAUCAUGUGUUGGGUCUCUUCAUAA